UGAGAGCCUUGGAAUCGUAGCUCCACCGAGCCUGAACCAGUGAAGAAUGGAGCCGAGAAUUAUUAUAGUUACAUUGUAACCAGCUAGAACGUACAUAUUGUAGCAAUCCUUUAAUUCCGAACGUGGAAAAGGACAGACAUGCAACCCCUACGCUGAAGAGGAGCGGCAGGGGCAAGAAAAAGGGGGAAAGAUGGGCGCCGUGCUACGGAGUCUGUUGUUGUGUAGUUUUUGUUUGCUAAUACGGGGAGCCCCCUUGCUCCUGUAUGCCAACCGACGGGACCUGCGGCUGGUGGACGCGUCGCAGGCCCGCGCCAACGCCACGGUGGUGGUCAGCGGCCUGGAGGACGCGGCGGCGGUGGAUUACGUCUACAGCCAGGGCCUGAUCUACUGGAGCGACGUGAGCGAGGAGGCCAUCAAGCGCACCGUGUUCAACCACUCGGGCGGCGCCAGCAGCCCCAGCGGCGUCCAGGCCACCGUGGUCUCGGGCCUGGCCUCCCCCGACGGCCUGGCCUGCGACUGGCUCGGGAAGAAGCUGUACUGGACCGACUCGGAAACGAAUCGGAUAGAGGUGGCCGAGCUGGACGGGUCGCUGCGGAAAGUGCUCUUCUGGCAGGACCUGGAUCAGCCGAGGGCCAUCGCCUUGGAUCCAGAGAGAGGGUACAUGUACUGGACAGACUGGGGUGAGGUCCCAAAGAUCGAGCGGGCAGGGAUGGACGGUACGAGUCGACAGAUGAUCAUCGACACUGACAUCUACUGGCCCAACGGACUAACCCUUGACUACGAUGAGAAGCAGCUCUACUGGGCCGACGCCAAGUUCAACUUCAUCCACCGGUCCAGCCUUGAUGGAACCUCGAGGGAAGUGGUUGUCGGAGGUGAGUUGCCACACCCCUUUGCGCUGACGCUGUUUGAGGGCACGCUCUUCUGGACGGACUGGACGACGCAUUCGGUGCACUCCUGCAACAAACUCACGGGGGACGACCGCCGGGAGAUCCACUCCAACAUUUUCUCCCCCAUGGACAUCCACGUCUUCAGCCAAAAGAGGCAACCGACAGUGCCGACCCCCUGCUCGGUGAAGAACGGAGGUUGCUCCCACCUGUGCCUGCUCUCUCCCAUCAAGCCCUUCUACCAGUGUGCCUGCCCCACCGGAGUCCAGCUGCUGGACGACAAGAAGGAGUGCCGAGACGGUGCCACCCAGCUCCUCCUCCUGGCACGGCGCACCGACCUGCGGCAGAUCUCCCUGGACACGCCAGACUUCACCGACAUCAUCAUGCCCGCCGAGGACAUCCGCCACGCCAUCGCCAUCGACUACGACCCCAUCGAGGGCUACGUGUACUGGACGGACGACGAGGUGCGUGCCAUCCGGCGGUCCUACCUGGACGGCAGCGACGCGCAGCUGGUGGUCACCUCGCAGGUGAGCCACCCGGACGGCAUCGCCGUGGACUGGGUCGCCCGCAACCUGUACUGGACCGACACCGGCACCGACCGCAUCGAGGUGACCCGCCUGAACGGCACCAUGCGCAAGAUCCUGAUCUCCGAGGACCUGGACGAGCCCAGAGCCAUUGUGCUGGAUCCAGUGGCAGGGUACAUGUACUGGACUGACUGGGGGGAGAUCCCGAAGAUCGAGCGGGCGGCCCUGGACGGCACGGAGCGGGUGGUGAUGGUCAACACCUCCCUGGGCUGGCCCAACGGCUUGGCGCUGGACUACGACGAGAAGAAGGUGUACUGGGGCGACGCCAAGACGGACAAGAUCGAGGUGAUGAACAUGGACGGCAGCGGGCGGCGGAUCCUGGUGGAGGACAAGCUGCCGCACAUCUUCGGCUUCACGCUGCUGGGCGACUGGAUCUACUGGACGGACUGGCAGCGGCGCAGCAUCGAGCGCGUGCAGAAGCACACGGCCGAGCGCGAGACCAUCAUCGACCAGCUGCCCGACCUCAUGGGCCUCAAGGCCACCUACGUGCACGAGACCUUCGGUACGAACGCGUGCGCCGACAACAACGGCGGCUGCAGCCACCUGUGCCUGUACCGGCCGCAGGGCGUGGCGUGCGCCUGCCCCAUCGGCCUGGAGCUCAUCGCCGACAUGAGCACGUGCAUCGUGCCCGAGGCCUUCCUGCUCUUCUCGCGCCACACCGACAUCCGCCGCAUCUCCCUGGAGACCAACAACAACAACGUGGCCAUCCCGCUCACCGGCGUCAAGGAGGCCUCGGCGCUGGACUUCGACGUGACCGACAACCGCAUCUACUGGACCGACAUCACGCUCAAGACCAUCAGCCGGGCGUUCAUGAACGGCAGCUCCCUGGAGCACGUGGUGGAGUUCGGGCUGGAUUACCCAGAAGGCAUGGCGGUGGACUGGCUGGGGAAGAACCUGUACUGGGCCGACACGGGGACCAACCGCAUCGAGGUGGCCAAGCUGGACGGGCAGCACCGGCAGGUUCUGGUGUGGAAGGACCUGGACAGUCCCAGGGCCCUCGCUCUGGACCCAGCCGAGGGAUUCAUGUACUGGACAGAGUGGGGCGGCAGGCCCAAGAUCGACCGGGCUGCCAUGGACGGCACCGGCCGCAUCACCCUAGUGGCCAACGUGGGCCGGGCCAACGGGCUCACCAUCGACUACGCCGAGCGGCGCCUGUACUGGACCGACCUGGACACUACACUCAUCGAGUCGUCGAACAUGCUUGGCGGUGAUCGGGAAGUGAUCGCGGAGGACCUGCCGCACCCGUUCGGCCUCACGCAGUACCAGGACUACAUCUACUGGACCGACUGGAGCCUGCGCAGCAUCGAGCGGGCCAACAAGACCAGCGGGCAGAACCGCACGGUGAUCCAGGGCCACCUGGACUACGUGAUGGACAUCCUGGUGUACCACUCGUCGCGGCAGGGCGGCUGGAACGCCUGCGCCUCCACCAACGGCCACUGCUCGCACCUGUGCCUGGCCGUGCCCGUCAGCAGCUACGUGUGUGGCUGCCCCGCCCACUACUCGCUCAACUACGACAACAAGACCUGCAGCGCCCCGACCUCCUUCCUCCUCUUCAGCCAGAAGACGGCCAUCAACCGCAUGGUGAUCGACGAGCAGCAGAGCCCCGACAUCAUCCUGCCCAUCCACAGCCUGAAGAACGUGCGCGCCAUCGACUACGACCCGCUGGACAAGCACCUCUACUGGAUCGACUCCAAGCAGAACGCCAUCCGACGCGCCCAGGAGGACGGCAAUCAGAGCAUGACGGUGGUGUCCAACUCGCUGGUGGGGCCCAACCUGGGGCUGCAGCCGUUUGACCUGAGCAUCGACAUCUACAGCCGCUACAUCUACUGGACCAGCGAGGUGACCAACGUCAUCAACGUCACGCGCACCGACGGAACCCGCGUGGGCGUGGUGUUCCGCGGCGAGCACGACAAGCCCCGCGCCAUCGUGGUCAACCCGGAGCGAGGGUACAUGUACUUCACCAACCUCCAGGAGCGGUCCCCUAAGAUCGAGCGGGCAGCGCUGGACGGCACCGAGCGCGAGGUCCUGUUCUUCAGCGGCCUGGUCAAGCCAGCAGCUCUCGCCAUCGACAACGAGGCGGGCAAGCUCUUCUGGGUGGACUCGGAGCUGCGGCGCAUCGAGAGCAGUGACCUAUCAGGAGCGAACCGGAUCGUGAUCGAGGACUCCAGCAUCCUGCAGCCGGUGGGGCUGACGGUCUUCGGCGACCACCUGUACUGGAUCGACCGGCAGCAGCAGAUGAUCGAGCGCAUCGACAAGACGACGCGCGAGGGCCGCACCAAGAUCCAGGCGCGCAUCGCCGCCCUCAGCGACAUCCACGCCGUGCAGGAGCUGGACAUGCGCGAAUACAGUAAGCACCCGUGUACGUCUGAGAAUGGCGGCUGCUCUCAUAUCUGCAUAGUGAAGGGAGACGGGUCGACACGCUGCUCCUGUCCCGUGCACCUCAUGCUGCUGCAGGACGAGCUCACCUGUGGAGAGCCGCCCACGUGUUCGCCGGAGCAGUUCCAGUGCCGCUCGGGCGAGGUGUACUGCAUCCCGCAGGCGUGGCGCUGCGACGGCUACCCCGAGUGCGACGACGACAGCGACGAGCAGGACUGCCCCGUGUGCUCCGAGAGCGAGUUCCAGUGCGACAGCCGCCAGUGCGUGGACCUGGCACUGCGCUGCAACGGCGAGGUCAACUGCCAGGACAGCUCCGACGAGGACAAGUGCGAAAUCCGCUGCGCUCCCGAUCAGUUCAGUUGUGCCAACGGCCCGUGCAUCGGCAAGCACAAGAAGUGUGACCACAACAUGGACUGCACAGACAACUCGGACGAGCUCGGAUGCUACCCUACAGAGGAGCCCUCGCCCCCGUCCUCCAACACCAUCAGCUCCAUCGUGGGGGUCGUCUUGGCGCUGUUUGUGGUGGGCGCCGUCUACUUUGUGUGCCAGCGGGUGCUGUGCCCGCAGAUGAAGGACGACGGCGAGACCAUGACCAACGACUUUGUGGUCCACGGACCCUCCUCCGUGCCCCUGGGAUAUGUGCCGCACCCAAGCUCGCUGUCGGGCUCACUACCGGGCAUGUCGCGAGGGAAGUCGCUGGUCGGGUCGCUAAGCAUCAUGGGUGGAAGCAGCGGUCCUCCGUACGACCGUGCCCACGUGACUGGCGCGUCGUCCAGCAGCUCCUCCAGCACCAAGGGCACUUACUUCCCUCCGAUCCUGAACCCUCCUCCUUCUCCAGCCACAGUGCGCUCUCAGUACACCAUGGAGUUCGGCUACUCGUCCAACAGCCCCUCCACCCACCGCUCAUACAGGGUCUAUAGCUAUCGGCACUUUGCGCCGCCAACCACCCCGUGCAGCACAGACGUGUGCGACAGCGACUACACGCCGGGCCGCCGCGUGCCCCACCACCACCACCACCACCACCGGCCACCAGGGGGCGGCGGCGGCGGCGGCAGCACGGGCACGGCCGGCUCCGGCUCGGCCGCCUUCGCCAAGGGCUACGCCAGCGACCUCAACUACGACUCGGAGCCCUUCCCGCCGCCGCCCACGCCGCGCUCCCAGUACAUGUCGGCCGAGGAGAACAACUGCGAGAGCUGCCCGCCCUCGCCGUACACGGAGCGCAGCUACUCGCACCACCUCUACCCGCCCCCCCCGUCGCCCUGCACCGACUCCUCGUGAGCCGCCUCCCGAAAAAACGCCAGCCCCCCGCUGCACUGCCGCCUCACUGUACAUAUUAACCCCCCCAACCCCCCACCACCCUCCCCAAAAUGGUGCAACUUCGCAACUUCGGACUUUGGUUUUCAAAGAAAAGAGAAGGAUAAAGGAACACGUGAAAAAGCGGGGCGAGGGAGAGACGCGUAGGAAUGGCGAGAAAGUCCUGGAGCGGACGGGACCCGCCUAUCGGACUCGGUAGGAGAAUCCUGUACCGCUGCAUAAGGAGCAAAGGAGAGGUCAUUCAUCCAAGAAAAAAAAAAGGUGUUGGUGGGCACACUCUGAGCGGGCAAGACAUUUGUACAUGUAAAGAGAGAGAGAAAAAAGAAAAACAAAAGCAUAUUUAUAUAUUUUCUAUACAGCGUUUAUUGGUUCUGCCAUAGAGGUUUGUAUUAAAAAAAGAAAUUUGUACACUUUGUUUUUAUUUUCGUUUUUUUAUUUUUAUUUGUAAUUUUUUUUUUUUUUCCUUCCAACUUUUAUUUUUCAAAGAAAAAAAGUUUUAUGGAAUCCUCACACAAUAACGUUGCCUUAAUCCAUGGGGAAAAACAAAACAAAACAAAUUAAACUACCUUCUUUGGAGGCCGAAGGACUCAGAAGCGCACAAACAGAGAACAAAUCUAAAGAGCGAAUCGAGAGGGGAAAGCUAACAAAAAACAAAAAAGAGCUGUUUUUCUUUUUUCUUUUAAGUAGCCUUUCUGAUACCAAAUACGUCACACACCAAUGUGUAGAGGGAUGGAGGGAUGGGAGAAUUAAUGGAGGGGAGAGGGCGCCCUCUGGUGUUGCCAGGCCGCUCCUACACUGUGCCAUUCUGCAACAGCGGCAGCCAUUUUGUCAGCAGGGUUGCAGUGUGAUGCAACCACCAGCCGGGCAAGCUGACACUCAAUCACCAAGUGUCAGAGAGGGAGAGAUAAGCGUUUUUUUUGUUUGUUUGUUUGUUUGUCUGUUUUUAACCGUGUCUUUUUACUUUCUAGAUGAUGUUAGUCACUUUUCCCUCAUGAGCCAUAAGCUGUUCUUUUUUGAAAAAAAAAAAAAAAAUGUUUUGAACUGGAAUUCAAAUUGGAGUCCCAAAUCCUGCAAACCAUCAGUUCUGGAGCAAUAACACAGUGAGUGUGAAGACACUGCUCUGGCUGUGGACUUCAACAGAUCUCAAAUGUGAGCAUUACAAUCAAGUGGCAAAAGACCAUAGGCAGCACCAUGGAAGAGGAUGACACCUCAUGGAUUGUGCUAGUUGCAAAAUCUUGAGGUUGAUUGUUGGUCGCAGUCCCAACGCACACUUUGUUAUUGAAGACUUGUGUGUCGGCAGGUGUUGGUGGUCAUCGUCUCCCAAGCAAUCAACCAAAACCAGAUUUUUGUUUUGUUUUGUUUUGUUUUGUUUUGUUUUGUUUGUUUGUUGUUGAUUUGCUUUUUUUGUAUUACUUUAUUACUUUUCCUUGGAGUGCUGGAUUACAAAUCUUGUGACUUUAUCCGGUGGGCCAAGCACCUCACGUUCCUCGCAGCAUCCCUGUCUCUCCGACCUGUUCGCUUUUUCUGUCGACUUCACCUUGAUGAAACAGUGUUGUUGUUUUCUUUCUUUCUUUUUUUUUUUUUUUUUUUUUUUUUAAUUCAUCCAAUCCAUGAACAAGUUCUUGUGCCUGACCGAGGUUUUAACAGUUGGUUUAGUCGACUCGUGGGCUGUUUUUCAAGGGGAAAAAGAGAGAAAGGAAAAACUAAGGCAAUCAGUGCCCAGUGGAAGAAUCAAACAGAAAAAAAACAUUUUAAUAUUUUUAUACCACAUAUUGUGUAGAUAUCAUAUUUAUAAGCUAUAAAGAAAAUCAUUGUAAAUCUUCUCAUGGUAUCCUUGCAGUGCUUUUUUGUUCAUACUCUCCUCCAGUAUAUUCUGCAGUCUAUUUUUCUACUCAGAAAAGGUCUGUCUGUAAAGUAUGAAGACAAUCUGCGAUGGACCAUUCUGUCGUGAUUUUACAUAUCCGCGUUUAUCUGUCUCGUCGUGGCCCACAACCUUACUGCAUGGGUGUCAUCAGCUCAAGGGACCGUUGUGCCAAAACCCAAUUUGUACAAUCCUUAGACCAGUUUCUCUCUCUCUCUCUCUCUCUCUCUCUCUGUAUUUCUGUCUCUCUCCCUCUCUUUGUCUCUGUCUCUUUGCCUUUCUCUCUCUCUCUCUCUCUCUCUCUCUCUCUCUCUCUCUCUCUCUCUCUCUCUCUCUCUCUCUCUCUCUCUCUCUCUGCCUCACCAAUCAUGCAUGUGUGAGUGGGUAUAUGGAAAUUUCCAAGGGCCAUGUCUUUAUUGUGAGAUUGCUAUCUGAAUGUGGCAGCCUUUUUUAUUCUAAAUACUGCAGCUGUAGGCCAUAGGUGACUGCAUUGUUUGUUGCCAUUGAACGGGCUGCAACACCUGAUGAGCUUUCGUACCUCUUUUUUUUCCCUCAUUUCGUUUUCGUUUUCGUGUUUUUGUUUUUGUUUUUGUUUUUUGUUUUGUUUUGUCCUCAGAAACUGGACUUGAUUAAUGCGUUGACCCAACAAUCCUGCCUUUCCUAUCUCUGCCCAUUCUGCCCUUCCUCUAUAGUGUGUGUGCCUGUUGUUGUUUACGUUGGUCGAUUGCUCGUUUGCGUUGUUGUUUUUGUCGUCGUUAUUGUUGUUUCUGUUACAUCUCCUUUUCUUGUCGGACUCGUCUUGGCAUCGAUGCUCUGCUCUUCAGAGAGUAUUUCCAUUUGGUCUCGUUAUAGCCACGCCCACCUUCAUGUGCGCCUUUGGCUCAGUCUAAGUGAGAGGGGCUUGAUGGCCCGAGAUGAAUACAUACCUGUAUUUGCCAUUUAGUAGACAUUGUUUUUCACUGUCUGCUUCAUGCAGAGGUGUGGAAUUUUGAAAGGGUGCAUAUGAAAUGAAGAGGUUUUUGGCAAGUAAAGGCCAGGCGCAAGCAUAAGGAUUGGAUACCUGAGCAUUGGUCAGGGAGCAUUGGACUGCUUUUGUGUUGGUGUGUUUUCUUUGUUUUUUGUCUGAGACCGGUUUCUCAUUGGUGUAGGAGAAGCCAUCUAUGUGGCCACUAUUUUCGUAUUUUUGUGUCGUUUUUAUUUUUAGUAGGAGUAAUCAAAAGGCAUCACGCCAGAGAUCUGGCUGCCUCUCCCUUUCUGUUGCCAGUCUCCAGGGUUUUGUUUUGGACUUUUUUUCUCUUUUUUUUUUUUUUUCAGCUGGAACAUCCACAUCACUAAGUUUUGCUGCUGUCAACCACCACCAAAAAUGACUUCAGAUCAGUUUGUGGUACAAUCAUUAAUAUAAGGUGUGUGUGUGUUUGUGCUAGCGAGCGUGUGUGCGAGCGUGUGUGUGUGUGUCUGUGUGUGUGUAGACAUGUCUCCCAAAGUCCCCCCACCCACAGCCCCGACCCUGACGACCCUUUAAACAUUUUUGCAAGGGCUUCUGGGUACAACCUGAGAGUCAUUGGUCGGUUGACCACAGUCAGAUCAAACCAGCAUUGCCAGGAGAGGUUCUCAUUUUCCUAAACUGCACUUUACAGGAACUCCUGCUUAAUUACAGGUACAACGAAACGCAAAACUGAAAGAAUGUGUGAGUGUGUUGUGAUUGUGUGUGCGUGCGUGUGUGUGCACGCUUGUUCUGAGUGAGUGAUUGUGUGUGUGUGUGUGUGUGUGUGUGUGUGUGUGUGUGUGUGUCUCUUAAGAGUGAGAGACCGAAAAUCCCAUCAAAGUGCUGCCAACUUAACUCUUGGAUGUAUGUAUCAUGGUGUCUGCGAAAUGAAAUGUAGUAUAUACACACAAACAGAACGAAACUGGCAUCCAAAGGUGUGAAAUCAUCAGGAUAGUAAGCACUGCAUCCGUGGGCCGAGCUGAUUGGUCUGCUCUCUUCAGCUUUAGCAUUUGGAACUGGACAAGUUGAGGAUUGGGAGAAAAAAAAAUGUAAAAGUGGCAGACGAGUGCUGAAAAAAAACGAUUUGGAAAGCUUGUGACGGAAGUGGGUGUCGAGGGAAUGAGAAGCGAGUCGCCGUAAGUUGUUUUGUUUCGCUGGAGUAGCCUAGCCGUGGGGUAAACCGUACAAAAAAGCACUUUUAGCUCCACCACGUUGGCAGGGCUACUGUGGCAUCUGAGGGAGGGGAAACAGUGGGAGAAAUAAAGUCGGUUUCGAAUCGAAGAGUCGGUCACUCAUUCAUUUUUAUACCAUGGUGCUUUGCAAGGAUGUUUUUUCAAGAUGACCAACAUUUGGUUAGUCAUGCAUUUAAUUUCCACUAACUAUUUUGUACAUUGAUCGCUUUACAUGUAAAACGUUGUAUAAAACAGACUUGUACAGCCCAUUCAAUAACUACUAUAAGCUGUUGUAACAAAUGAAAUGUUGAUUUUUUUAAUAAAAAUGAGUGAACUUUUA